GAUGGGGAAGCUUGGCGCUGGGCGUUCCUGAGCGGUUCGGACAGCCCAGCUGCCAUGGGUUGCUGGAAGUACUAUGUCAGUGGCAUCCCGGCGGGCAGGAACGCUGAUGAUGGGGCUGUUGGGGCCUCUGGCAGCAAGUGUGUGUGGGUGGCCAAGCCAGGGGGGCUCCUCGCAGCCAUCUCGCCUCAAGAAGGGGGCUUGAUCACAAGUCAGGAUCAGAAAAUGUUCCUGCUAACGGGAAUCACUGUAGCUGGCAAAAAGUGUGGUGUGAUUUGUGACAGCCUGCUGGUGGAUGAAGGCAACGUGCUGGAUGUCAGAAGCAAAGGCAGUGACAGCAGAUCCAUCUGUAUUGGCAAGACCCCCAGAGCCCUGAUCUUACUCAUGGGUGAGAAGGGAGUCCAUGGAGGAGCCCUCAAUCAAAAGGUUCACGAUAUGAUUGUGGACAUGAAAGCAUGAAGCAAACAGCACAAAAGAGACAGACAUCAUCUGCCCGAGCGGGGGGGCACAGUCAUUGCUGUAGGCCAGAAUGGAGAUAAACCUGAUUUUGUUGCAGAUGUCUUUGCCUGCUUCU